AAAAAAAGUGAUUCUUUUCUUUGUUAGGUGAAUUUAGCCCACACCAUCUUCCAUAUCUCUCUCUCUCCCUCCCUCUCUCUCUCUCUCACACACACAUACACGUUUUCCUUUACGACCCCUGCCCUUUUUCCUCUUCUGCUGUAAAUGCAUCCUCAUUACUAUUAUUAUUAUUCUUUUCAUACCUUUCUAAACCACUUCAUUACCCAUGGGGAAGAAAGGUGGAUCUUCAUGGCUCACCGCUGUUAAAAGAGCUUUCCGAUCUCCCAACAAAGACUCCAGUAAAAAAAAGACCCACACAAAAACUCAAGAUCAUGAACCUGAUGACGAAGACGACAAGAAACGGGAAAAGAGAAGAUGGUUGUUUCGGAAACCAACUGCUGCACAGCAUUCCAAGAUGGGUGAUUCUGUGGAAGCUCCGGCGCCGGAGACACGGCAGGCGGUGGCAGAGGCGGCGGUGGAAGUGGAAGUGGAAGUGGAGGAGCUGGGUGGUCGGAGUAAACCGCCGGCUAGUUAUUCCAGGGAGUAUUAUGCGGCUAUUGUUAUUCAGACGGCUUUCAGAGGUUAUUUGGCAAGAAGAGCGCUUCGUGCACUUAAAGGACUUGUAAAGUUACAAGCAUUAGUGAGGGGUCACAAUGUGAGAAAACAAGCAAAAAUGACACUUCAAUGCAUGCAAGCUUUAGUUAGAGUGCAGGCUCGUGUUCUUGAUCAGCGCAUGAAGCAGUCGGAUCAAAGUAGUCGAAAAUCUACGUUUAGUGACACUAAUAGUGCCUGGGGUCGGCGUUACCAUCAAGAUAUAUCCGACAGGCAACCCACGUCACGAGAUGGAAGUAGCAUUCCCGACGAUUGGGAUGAACGAUCACACACAAUUGAGGAAGUCAAAGCUAUGCUUCAAAGCAGAGCCGCCAGACGCGAAAAGACCUUAUCACAAGCUUUCUCUCAAGAGGGCAACUUAUUUCUCAUUUUGUAUCAUGAAAAGACGAGGAGAAAUCGUAGGAAUCCAUCGAUAGGGAGCGACUACGAGCUUGGUCUUGGAGACAGACGGAUCGGGUCAAAGCCAUGGGAGACUAGACCCAUGGCUAGAUCUUCAACAGAUCAAAGAGAUGGUGUCAAAACAGUUGAAGUUGACACUUCUCAACCUUACUCAUCCUUACCUCCUAACCACAUAAGAAGAUCAAGUUAUCAGUAUCACCACCACCAUAGAGCCCCUGUAACGCCCUCACCGUCCAAAACAAGGCCCAUUCAAGUCCGAUCCGCCAGCCCACAUUACAUUAAAGAAGACAGAACCUACCACAGUAAUCAAAGUCAAAGCCCGAGUUUACGGUCAAACUACAGUUUCAACUCUACAGUCUCGCAUCAACAUCCAAGGGGUUCGACAAGUGGAGGGUCAAAGCCUAACUACAUGGCUGCAACCGAGUCAGCUAAAGCGCGUGUCAGGUCCCAAAGCGCACCCAGACAUAGACCUUCAACCCCCGAGAGGGACAGGUCCGGUUUAGCCAGGAAAAGACUCUCGUACCCGGUUCCAGACCCGCAUAACGGAAACAUAUACAAGCAGCAGAAUUUAAGGAGUCCAAGCUUUACUAGUGUGAAUGGGGUGGAACAACAAUCAAAUUAUUCAUCUUAUUAUACAGAGAGCAUUGCAGGUGGAGAGGUGUCACCUUGUUCAACUACUGAUCUUAGAAGGUGGCAGCACUGAUCAAUUCAAUAAUAUAUAAUCUAACUUUGAGUUGUUUGAAUGUUGAGUUUUGAUUUUUUUAGUUAAUAUGCUAAUUUGAUUAAUUAAUUUUGGUCUAAAGAUGAUAAAACGAUUGAAGCUUGGUGUGUAGGUGUGAUUAAUUUGGGUGUGUAGUGUAAAUGCAGAAAGUCACAUGUAUCCUGCGUAUUUUGUGGAGUGAUAUAAAUAUGUUGUAUGUGGGUCUUGUUGGAAGGAUAAACAAGAUAUCACAUUUUUUUUAUUA